AUGCGUCCUUCCCAUAGUUACCUGUCAGAUGAAGAAUACGAUGACAAUAUACAGAAACAUACUUCAGAUUCGGAAGAUGAACUCCGAACCCUUUCAUUUGGAGCAUUAAACUCUGCCAGAAAGCAAAUAGAAAGACAGACCACCAAAAAGAGUCGUAGUUACUCAGAUUCAGAUUCAGAUGGACCUCCUGAAGAGACAAGAACGUCCACAACAACAACUCGACAUUCCAAGUCAAUGAAAAAGAGUGCACGUACUUCCACUAAGAGAACUUCCAAUAAUGCACCUACUGUUUCCAGUUCUAAGAAACCUGUUUCGGUAGUCAGGGAUAUACCUGGGUUGGAGCUGCAGAAGCCUUCUUCCUCACUUUACCGGGAUAUCCGGUUUGAUACAGCGUUAGGGAAAGCCAAUCUUCACCAAAUCAGAAAGAACUAUGCUUUCUUGGAUGAUUAUAGACAAGAUGAAGUUCAAGAGCUUGAUAGGAUACUCAAAGACACCAAGCAACGGAGCAAGAUGAACUCCAGAGAUAUAGAACAACUUGAAAGGACAAGAACUCAAUUGGCAUCAAGAUUAGAAACUUUACAAACAAGAGAUCAACUGCAUAAGUUACUUCAACAACAUAAGAAACAACAGAUGGUCAAUGUUGCUGAGGGAAAACAAACCAACCCGUACUUUUUGAAGAAGCUGGAGCAACGGAAGCUUAUCACCAAGGCAAGAUUCGAACUGUUAUCAGCCAAUAAAAGAGGUAAGGUUAUGGAGAGGAAACGUAAGAGACAAUUGGGUAAAGAGUUCAAACGUUUGGAGUUUAGAAAUUCAAAGGAUUAA